AUGCAGACCAGGAAGAAAUUCAUUUUCCUGACUUUCCUCGCCUCGUGGCUCCUGCUUUUCUUCUUUGGAGGAGACCAGCUGCGCCGUUUUGUUUUCUUUUCCGGGAGAAAAGCCGAAUCCCGGAGGAACUGGCCUCGCUGGACGGAUCGGUCCCUCCUGAAAAGCUUCGUGGCCCCGGAGGAGCUGCAGAGUGAUGAGGAUCCUGCGUUGCCGUCGCCCCGGGAGCGGCGGGCGGCGUGGCUGACAGUCUACAAGAACAGCAGAUGCCGGAUGGAAACCUGCUUUGAUUUCUCCAGGUGCGAGAAACACGGUUUCAAAGUCUUCACCUACCCCCGGGAGAGGGACCAACCCCUCUCGGAGAGUUAUGGAAAAAUCCUCACCUCCAUCGAACGCUCUCGUUACUACACCCCCAACCCCGAGGAAGCUUGCCUCUUCAUCCUCAGCAUCGACACGCUGGACCGCGACCAUCUCUCUGGUCAAUACGUCCGUAACGUCGAUGAGAAAAUCCGCAGCUUCCCGCUGUGGAACGGAGGCAGGAACCAUCUCAUCUUCAACCUCUACUCGGGCACUUGGCCCAACUACACCGAGGAGCUGGGUUUCGACAUCGGCCACGCCAUCCUGGCCAAAGCCAGCUUCUACACCCAGACCUUCAGGCCGGGCUUCGACAUCUCCAUCCCUCUUUUCCCCAAGGACCACCCGCAGCGCGGUGGGGAGAAGGGAUGGUUGUAUCAGGACUCCAUCCCCCCGAAAAAAAAAUAUUUAUUGGUGUUCAAAGGGAAGCGGUACCUGACCGGCAUCGGGUCCGGCACCAGGAACGCGCUGCACCACAUCCACAAUGGGCACGACAUCGUCUCGCUCACCACCUGCAAGCACGGCAAGGACUGGGAGAAGCACAAGGACACGCGCUGCGACCGGGAUAACGUCGACUACGAAAAGUGA